AUGUUCCCCAAGCAACAUCCGCUCUUCCCAUCUGCAUCCGAUCCUUUUCCUCCGACAACCUCCUCGUUCCUUUCACGAGAUCACAGUUCCGAGCGCCUUCACUUCCCUCUCUGCGGACCAUCACAUUUGCACGGCACGGCGGCGGACCGGCUCAUUCACCAUCGCUCACACCGAGCCUCAGUCCGAGCCCAUAACAACAAGGUUGGAUCCCCACCGUCGCUCGCCGACUCGGCCCCGUCUCGCAGAGUGCGCGGUGUGGCGCAGCACACGUCCGUUGGCGCAGACCACGCUGCAGAGGCAGAGGAGCUGCUCUUGCGUGCAUCCGGCGCAGCUGCAUCGGCAUCCCGGCAAAACGGCCCCACCUUCAUGUCAACUGGCGGCACUCACUCUCAUCAUGCAGAAACAUCCUCCAGCAAUUUGAGCGGCUCCCACCACAGCGGCGCAGAGAAUGGCCACGACGCUCCAGCUGCAGGCACCAACGGCGACGCAUCGCACGCCGAGACUUCACGCCAAGGAUCCACCUCGGGCGAAAGAUCCGUUUCUCCUCGCAAUGAGGCAACGCCAGCCGCACCAGUCAAGAGGAAGCGCCUCGCUGCAGAGUUAGCCUUCUCCAGUCCGGGACCCGCGUUUCAGCUGCAAAAGGAUGCCGAAGCCGACGAGCAGCUGACCAGCGACACUCCCGGUCGGGCACGCCGACCCCGUCGCAGCACUACGCUCAACGGCGGAGGCACGAGUAGUCUCACGAGCAAUCGAAGGGCGUCUCAAUCGCGUCCCCAGCAAGUCUCUGCAUCGUUGCGGGACGAGGAACCCUUCGACGCGAAACCUAGACUGACGCCGACAAUCUCACCCAAACCUUACGCCAACGAAGCCGACCUUGACGCGCCAAAUGAGACGACUCGGAUCGGCACGGAGGCAGGCCCCAUCGCCUCGACCAGCUCAAGUCGAUCGGAUCGAUCCAGAUCGAGGAGCAGAUCGGCCUUCCAGCAAGACGAAUCGGAGACGCAGUCGUUCUCCGAUCAGGGCCAAGCCGAGUCGCCUGCGAAGCCUCCUCUUCCACUUCGUACAAGGCCACAGAUCACCCCGAUUGCAGCACACGAUGCUGCCACGCCGCUGCCACAGAUCCUAGAGCGCCGUAGACACGAGAAGGUCGCCGUCGCUCAGUCGGAUCUCGAAGAGGUGCACGACCGCCAUGACAUGCUCGUACGCGAGCUCUUCCACCUGACCAAGUUUGUCACCAUGGUCGGCUACGACCCAGACGAAGCGCGUAACGACCAGAGCGACGUCUUCACGACUUUCAAGCAUGCCCACGAUCUUCGCUUCAGCCUCGACGAUGCCGGCUCAGGCGCCGAAGCUUCCGGUUCAGGCCGUGUCACUCGACGCCGCGUCAAUGCCAGGCUCGAGAGCCUCUCGCUGAAACGCCCGCCUCCUCCCACCAGUCCAGCCACGCGCGCUACUUCUGCAAAGAACGGCAGCAAACGCCGCUCCAGCGACAGAUUCCCCGGUCGUGCUUCGUCCAGCACUGCUGAGCCCGAAGCCCGCGGCAGCACGGCAGAUGCAUCCGAGGGCGCAACCAGCGACGACAACAGCCAAGAUGAAGAUGACAUCUCGGAUAUGAGCGACAGCCAAGCAGCAUCCAGGAGGGCAGGGAAGCAGAAGAGCAGCAGAGGUCGGUCCAAAGGAAAGCAGAAGCAAUCGCGGACGACGGCGCCCUCACGCAAAAGGCAAUCUUCUUUUGCAGACGAUUCUUUCGACACGCCUGCAAAGCGCAGCAGCGGUGCUCGCAAAAGCAAAGCGCUCGACGAGCUCGAUGCCUUCAUCCUCCGACAUCAGCCUCGACCGCUUCCCGAACAGGCUCCUCCAUUGCACAUCUUGGCUCCGCAUCAAGUUCCAGCUCUCAAACGCUUCGGUGGCGACAUCAAUGCUCUCUGGACUUCGUUCGAUCUGCUGCGCGAUGGCGAGGGCGGCCGCGAUCCGGCCGAGGUCGAGGCCGAAGAUCUUCAGACGUAUCUCCGCAGGGACCAGAGGUGGCGUGCGGGUCUACCGAUCCAUCCCGAGUCCGGCGGAAUCGCACGUCACGUCCCUGCCAAGGCUGCACGCACGACCAAGUCGCAUCACGACCACCUGCUCGAUGCUGUGGCUGCUAGCUACCAGCCCAUGCGGCAGUACGCCAAGUCUCGGCAGCAGAACGCGCGCAGAGUGGCCCGCAUGGUGGCCCAGCACUGGGAGCGUCAGCUCGGCUCGUCGGAGCGCGAGAAGAAGGCAGAGGAGAAGCGCAUCCGCGCGCUGGCAAAGUGGACAUUGCGUGAAGUGCUCAAGCAGUGGCGCUUGGCCGUCAACGUGGUCAGGGCGCGUAAGGCGGCAGCCGAAAAGGCCGAGAAGGAGAAGCUCGACAAGGAGCAGCUCAACGCCAUCCUCGAACAGAGCACAGCCAUGCUCAAGAAGCAACACCAAGUCAUGACAACCAACGCCGACGGCUUCUCGGACAGCGACAUGGAUGGCAACAGCGAUCGCACCAGCUACGGCAGCGACGAUUCCACCGAGGCGGCCGAGUCAGAGGAUGAAGCCAGUGACGCGGACCCUGACGCUGACGUCGACGAAGGGAUUGAUGCUCGUGAUGGCUCGGAACCUGCUACAGUUGAAGCAUUGCCAGCUACAAUCGCAGAAGUCGACGCCAUCGACGACGCCACGUCUGCAACAGGCGCAAGCACUCCAGCCGCUGCCGAGACGCAGCCUAGUCCUGUCCAUGCUCCUGCAUCGAGCCGUCCGCAGAGAUCGUCAAGGCGCACCAGAGGUGCAGCAAGGCCGACCGCGGCACAACAAGCGCGGGCCGCCGCCAAGUUGGAAGCCGAUGACGUCGAGUUUGCCGUCGCCGAGGCUGACGACGCGGAGGAAGAGGAUGCUGAGCUCGAACGCCAGAUGUGGGAGGAAGACGAAGAAGACGAUAGCGAAGAUGCCGGCCUCGCAGCGGACGCCAAUAUACCCAUCGAGGAGCUGCUCAAGAGAUACGGAUACGGAGCUAGCCCUGAAGAGGCGGAAAGCGAGGACAACGACAACCAAGCUGAUGCCGGCGCCAGCACAGCCAACCAAUCUGAUCGAGAGCCCGACGAACAGAUGCCGGACGUUGAAGAUGUCAAGGGCGAAGAGGCCACGGACGACGACAAGGACACAGAAGCAUCGGACGAAGAAACACCCACAAGGGAGGAUCGUUCGGCGUCGCUGGCGCUGCUCCGGCAGGCCGAUGAAUCCGCCGACGAGCUCAGUGAUGCGGAAUCCGUUGCCACGGGCGGACGUCGAGGCAGCCGUCGUUCGAUGACACGCGCCUCGUCCAUCGUCUCUUCCGACCGGGCCGUGACUCGUUCGCGUCAGCCUUUCCUACUUCGCGGCCAGCUGCGUCCGUACCAGCAGAUCGGCUUCGAGUGGCUCGCCAGCUUGUACGCCAACGGCAUGGGCCUGGGCAAGACCAUCCAGACCAUCUCCCUGCUCGCUCACCUCGCGUGUGACAAGGGCGUCUGGGGCCCGCAUCUCGUCGUGGCUCCGACCAGUGUGAUGCUCAACUGGGAAGUCGAGUUCAAGAAGUUCCUUCCCGGGUUCAAGAUCCUCUCGUACUACGGCAAUCAGAAGGAGCGCAAGGAGAAGCGAAUCGGCUGGAAUACCGAGAACAGCUUCAACGUCUGCAUCACCAGCUACCAACUCGUUCUGGCCGACCAGCACAUCUUCCGCCGCAAGCCGUGGGUGUACCUGGUGCUCGACGAGGCGCACCACAUCAAGAACUUUCGGUCACAACGCUGGCAGACGCUGCUCGGCUUCAACUCGCAGCGGCGCCUGCUGCUCACGGGAACUCCGCUGCAGAACAACCUCAUGGAUCUGUGGUCGCUCAUGUACUUUCUCAUGCCGCACGGAGUCAGCGAGCUGCCGGGCGGCGGAGCCUUCGCCAACAUGAAGGACUUUCAAGACUGGUUCUCCAACCCGCUCGACAAGGCCAUCGAGGGCGGCAACAGCAUGAGCGACGAGACCCGCGCCAUGGUGCAGAAGCUGCAUGCCGUGCUGCGGCCGUAUCUGCUGCGACGACUCAAGAGCGAGGUGGAAAAGGAGCUGCCGAGCAAGUACGAACACGUCAUCACGUGCCGGCUGUCGAAGCGUCAACGAUUCCUCUACAAUGACUUUAUGUCGCGCGCCAAGACGCGCGAGAGCCUGGCGAGCGGCAACUACCUCAGCAUCAUCAACUGUCUGAUGCAGCUCCGAAAGGUGUGCAAUCACCCGGACCUGUUCGAGGUGCGACCGAUCGUGACGAGCUUUGCCAUGUCGCGCUCGGUCGUGGCCGACUUCGAGAUCAAAGAUCUGCUCGUGCGGCGCGAGCUGCUGCGCGAGGAUGUGUGGGACAAGGUCGACCUGGAUGCGACGAACUUUCGGUUUACCGACCGCGAGGAGCAUCUGACGGCGAUCGAGUCGCGCGACUUGCGCCGGCUGAAUGCGGCCAAGAAGCUGCCGUACUUCGGCGACGCGGUGGCCGAGCUGCCGGAGCUUGAGACGUGGACGAUCGAUGGGUUUGCCAAGUCGCGCGAGCAGCGCCGGCUGGUGGGCGAGAUGGAAAGGUGGAAGCACGCAGCGUACAUCAACCAGUAUCGCUGCACCAAGCGGCCGGUGUAUGGCGCUGCGCUGAUCCGGAUGCUUCGCGAAGCGGGCCGAUCGGCGCGCCUGGAGCCUGCCGAGCAGCAUGAGGGCGACCGUCGCGGCUAUCUGGACAGGUGCGACAACCUGCUGCGCAUGGUGCAGUCGCGUUCGACGCGGCGCGAGAACAUGCAGCCGGUGAUUGACCGCUUUGCGUUUGUCACGCCUCGCGCCGUAGCCGUCGACAUGCCUCGCUGGGCGUUGGCCGGCUUCGAGCCGUACCAGCAACCCGAGAUGGUCAAGCCCGAAUUCGACACGGUGCACCCCGUGGCGGUUAAGCUGCACAUUGCCUUCCCGGACGCGUCGCUGCUGCAGUACGACUGCGGCAAGCUUCAGCAGCUUGACCUACUCAUGCGUCGGUUGAAGGACGGAGGUCAUCGCAUAUUGAUCUUUACACAGAUGACGCGCGUGCUCGACAUUCUCGAGUCGUUUCUCAACUACCACGGCUACCGCUACCUGCGUCUGGAUGGAGCGACCAAGGUGGAGCAGCGGCAGGCGUUGACGGAAAAGUUCAACCGCGACCUUCGCAUUUCUGCGUUCAUCCUAUCGACGCGCAGUGGCGGGUUGGGUAUCAAUCUGACGGGCGCAGACACGGUGUUGUUCUACGACCUGGAUUGGAAUGCGGCGAUCGAGGCGCAGUGUAUGGAUCGAGCGCACCGCAUCGGGCAGACGCGCGAUGUACACAUCUACCGGUUCGUGACGGAGCAUACGAUCGAGGAGAACAUGCUGCGCAAGGCGAAUCAGAAGCGGCUGCUCGACAGCGUUGUGAUUCAGCAGGGCGAGUUCAACACCGAGACGCUGGCCAAGCGCAUCGACUGGCGCGACAUGCUCGAUGACGGCGGCAGGCUGGGCGAUGUCGAGGUCAAGGUUGAUGAGAGUGGCGAGACGGGUCGCGAGGUGGAGAGGGCGUUUCUGGAUGCAGAGGACGAAGAGGACCGACAGGCCGCACUGGCUGCAAGGCAGGAGAUGGUCGACGAAGACGAGUUUGACGAGCCGCAGGUGCCGGUGCAGGCGGAUGCAGAGGCCGGGCCGGUGAUUCCGCCAGAGGAGGACGAGGAGGAGGGUGGGACGGUCGACGACUACAUGCUCGGCUUUGUCGAGCGCGAGUGGGACUUUUUCGCGUAG